AUUUAUUUUUAGCUCUGGCGUGUGUCUUCUGUAUCGGGCCUAGUGGAUUCAUCCAGAUGGUUUUGCUAAGGUGCAUGUUUACGGAUUCCUGGAGAUUGGGAGAAAAGGAGCGAGGCUGCCCCGGUCUGUCCUUCAUUAAGCCAGUAAGAGCAGGGAGGCAUUUAUCACGAAAGACAGAGCUUUCAUAACUCGGUGUUCCCGCACACACGCUGCAUUUCUGUCUCUGGGCUACUGUACCGAUGUGCUCCAUGACGCCUCGUACGAGGUCAGACAGAGGACAGCAACCCCACUUCCCAUUUCCCUUUCGAAAACCUCAACCCCCAUCACUACAGCGGACCAGCUAAAGAUUCCCAGAAUGCACCUCUGCAGUCGACUGACCCCGGGGGUCGGCAGCUGUCAAUCACGGACUCAGCUGGCUCUUCAGCUUCUGGACAUGGACUGGAGGAUGUGAGGGAGGCCUCUUAGAGGAGCCCUGGCUCUGCAUAUGGGAUCAUCUCUGUGCAUUCAUGGCGGCCUUUCUCUCCACUUGGAUGUGUAGCGGGUGGAGGACACUUUUGAUAUUUCAGAGCUCAACAUGGAAUCAAAUGGGGCUUACGAGGCCUCUCAGCCUAAAUGGAUCUCCUGUUUACACACUUGUCCGUCAUCUGAGCAGUUUGCGGCUUCAGGUAUCCAGAGAGAUGGUGAGAUGUCCCCAAAACCAAUGGCACCAUGUCUGAACCUGGCCAGCAGGAGGACGCCUGCAAACUCUCCGGGACUGGAGCACGGCGGCGGCUCCGGUUCCUUCCUCCCCUGCGACGAGCUGCAGAAACCACCGCACCUUCUUCCUCCUCUUCCUCACCGCCUCAGCCUGCGCGGGGAUCUCUACGCCGCCGCCAUGGGCAGGUUCGGUGAUGCUGCGGCGGACUUUACGCACGGCCCUGCCUCGGCGAACCCGCCCGGCUCGCCGUCCAAACACAGCAAGUUCUUGGACAGUAUAAACCAGGAUCAGAAGGGCUCGGCGAUAAGCGGCAAACCGGCGUUUUAUGAGAACAACACGGAAGUCAGAGAGAAGGGGGCUCCAAAAACAAUGGGCUAUCCUGGGAUCGGGACCGACUGUUGCGUCAAGCUGAAAGAGCCCAGCAGCGUCUUACAAGGGGACUCUAUCGCCGACUCCAUUGACUUAUCGGGCAAGAACAAGAAGCGACGCAACCGCACCACGUUCAGCACGUUUCAGCUGGAAGAGCUAGAGAAAGUGUUUCAGAAGACGCACUACCCCGACGUGUACGCCCGGGAGCAGCUGGCGCUGAGGACGGAGCUCACCGAGGCUCGGGUUCAGGUUUGGUUCCAGAAUCGUAGAGCUAAGUGGAGGAAACGGGAACGCUACGGGAAGAUCCAGGAGGUUCGCAACCACUUUGCUGCUACAUAUGACAUUUCUCUUCUCCCUCGCCAUGAUGCAUACCAGAUGCAGGGCAACUUGUGGCCGGGUGCGGCUUCAGGUGCGGGCGGCGCUUCCGGCGCUGGUUGCGUCCUCGGACACGACUCCAUCCCCUCGUCCUGCAUGAGCGCAUACCCUCACCCGCACAGCAACCUCCAGGGCUUCAUGGGCAUGCCCACGUCCCCCGGCCACCCGCACCACCACCACCCGCCUCACCACCCAGGCAUCAACGGCCUCUACUCCCUUCACGGUUUCCCCGGAGGCCUUGGGUCGACUUCCAUUGAGGGGCCCGAGGCCGAAUACAAGCCGACGGGCCUGGUGGCGCUGCGGAUGAAAGCUAAAGAGCCGGGCAGCAUCCUCUCCUGGCCGACAUGACCACAACAGUGCCAGCUCCACAUCAUGCACUGACUGAGCCAAAGCAUAUUACAUUCCUGACCCAUACGCAGUCCCCGAUGUACACAUCCGUCUCAGUAUAUGACUCAAAUAUUUCCUCUUAACAUUUAUGUAAGCCAGCGUGGAGUCAGAAUAUUGUGGAAUAAGAGUUUCAUGAAAACAUUAAGGACAACUUGAACGUCUUGCACGAAGCCCAACGUUUUAAUAGAACUUCCUUGUUUCCAGUUUUAGUUUGAUAUCGCAAUGCUGAGACCGACGAGGAACAAUUAUUUAAGCAUGUAAAAAAUGUAAUUAUCAUAUUAAUCACUGUUUUUACGUCUAUUGUGCUUUAUAGUGUGACCUGUAAUAAAGGCUUCCGUGUAAAUC